GGAGGGCGCAGUGGGGCUCGCUGGGCCUGCGUCCCGGACCGCGAGAACCGCACGGACCAGGAGGAGACUGCGGGCCCGCGGAGGUCUGGAGGUGCCCUGAUGACUGAACUACAGCAAGAUGUGGAGGACCCCAAGCCUGCCAAAGCGCUGGGGAAGAGAGAGAGCAAAGUUGGCUCAGCCCACUCAGAGGCUGAGAAUGGUGUGGAGGAGAAGAAGAAGGUCUGCAAGUCGCCACCACCCCAGUCCCCAACGCUGUCCAGUGAGGCCGAGUCCCCGGACCAAAGGAGAAUCAUUUCCCUACGGUCAAAAUCCAGUUGUGAUGGUGCCUGUUCACCAAAUGAUAAGAGUGACUGUAAAACAGAAAGCAAAAGUGAUUCUAAGACUGAAAGGAAAAAAUCUUCGUCUUCCAGCCAGUACAAGGCAAACAUGCAGUUUCACAAGUUGUUUGUUACGGUCCCAACUGAUGAACAGCUGAGACAAAGUUUUACCUGUGCUCUACAGAAAGAAAUAUUAUAUCAAGGAAAACUCUUUGUAUCAGAAAACUGGAUUUGUUUUUAUUCCAAGGUCUUUGGGAAAGAUAUUAAGAUCUGUAUUCCGGUGUUCUCAGUAACCCUAAUAAAGAAAACCAAAACAGCCCUGUUGGUGCCAAAUGCCCUGAUUAUAACAACAGUCCAAGAGAGGUACAUAUUUGUCUCCUUACUCUCCAGAGAUUCAACUUACAAACUAAUAAAAUCUGUGUGUGGACACUUAGAUAAUACAAGUGUCGCUAACAGUCCCAAUCCGUCUCCCCUUGAAAACAGUUUUCGGGCAGACCGCCCUUCAUCGCUGCCUCUGGAUUUCAACGAUGAAUUCUCAGAUCUAGAUGGAAUAGUUCAACGAAGAAGGCAAGAUAUGGAAGAAUACAGCAGUUCUGGCUCUCAGAGUCCUGAAUCCGAGAACUCUAGAGAUUUCCAUGUGACCGAUUCCCAGACAGUUCUGAAUGUCUCCAAAGGAGAAGCAAAGCCACCUCGGGCAGAUCCCCAUGUGAACAGAGUGGCUGAAGGCAAAAGCAAGAGUCUCCCUGCACAUGGUCAGCUAGAAACCAGUGGAAUCUUACACAAAGUCAAGGCUCAGAGCUGUCUGUCUCUGCAACAUAUUCUUAUAGUCUAUGCAGUUGUUGUCUGUGCACUAAUCAUCUCGACCUUCUACAUGAGAUACAGAAUUAAUACUCUGGAGGACCGGCUGGGGUCACUAACCUCCUUUGUGGACACCCAUCAUACCGAACAGACAGCACCAUCCGGCCUGGGGUCACAAGUACAAUUAAAUGCGGAGGCCCUCUGCCAAGAGCUCACAGCUAACAUAAUGAAAUUAGAAAAGAUACAAAACAACUUACAAAAGCUGCUUGAAAAUGGUGACUGACCGACCAGAUUGCUACCUCGCACUUCCCUUUGAAGACUGUGCUCCCCAACGAAUGUGCUCCCCAAGAACACAUCUUGGCGGAGUGCUCCCUGCUGGCCAGAGGAGCAAGUGGACCCACAACCCCAGCCACGUUUGCACUUGGAGGUCACCCAGCUCAGGAAAAUGGGGGAAAGGAGAGUAAUUUUGGUUCCUGUGCAAUAAAAGUUGACCUUGACUCUGAGGAAGUUUUCACUGCUGCUGCCUGGAGAAAACAGAGCCUUCUCUAGAGGUCUCAGGAAGAGCCUAGUGGACACUGUUGGAUGGCUGUGGUUCAGCAACUAUGGUGCCAGGUGGGCAAACACUCCACUCCAUGCCUUUUCAGUCAUUGCCACCCUCCUUUUUUCUCCUUGACAUCCCUCUAACAAGCCUUCAGUUAAGAAUCUGUAAUGUGCCAACAAACUUGAUACAGCUCUGGAAAGAAUUAGCCAUGAUUCUAAAAGGCAAUAUAUGUGGCUCUAAUGGACAGACUUGCUUCAAGUAACACCAACACUGUCUUUUUUUUUUUUCCCUUCUGCUGUUAAGUUCCAUUUUAAAAUCACAUGGCUAUCUUAACUUCUCAUUCAAGUACAUUAUUAACAAGAAUAACCGGCAAUGCAGACUAAACUAUGCCAUUUAUGUUUUGUCAUAUUCCUCUAGCUAGUACUUGAUUGGACUGAUUCUCACCUAUCGCAGGCCAAGAAUCUGUGAGUCAUGGGUCAGAAGUACUAAAUUUAAAUUACUCUAAAACCAAAACUAAUCUCUAAACCAAAAAAGUGUAGCAGUGAUUUGACAGGAUGAAAACACUGAAUUUCUAAGAUUAUAUGUUGACUGUGUUAGUUUGGAAGCAGAACGUCUAUAUUGAAUGCUGAAACCCAUUUCAUCAUGACAAUAACAUGUUUUAUUCUAUUGCUGACUAAAAAAAAUUAAACGGUGGUUUGCUAACUUCUAUUUAUCAUCUGGGUUGGCUGGUUUUUAUUAAUUAUUUAGGUACCACAAGAUCUGUAAGUGUGAAAGAUAUUCUGUUUCUAUCUAUAAUGCAUUUUAUAAUCAUUUCUAUGAAAUGUAUUUUGUUUAAUCAGAUAAGCUUAUAAGUGAAUUGGUUGUAUCAUUUAUAUUUGUUAGCCUCUUGGACAAGAACUGUGCCUGGUGCACCUCUGGCUUUUAAUAAAUACUCAUUGGUUAAAAUGC